AUGGGGUGUAACCAUAGCAAAGGCGUGCAGGAGUUGAGAGGCAAGAGUGGGAGUUACUCAAAUGAGGAGGGAAAAGGAAAAGAUGGGAAUGGAAACAAAUGUGACGAAUUAGCAAUAAACCCAGGGAUGUAUGUACGAAAGAAAGAAGGGAAAAUAGGAGAGUCAUAUUUUAAAAUAAGAAAAUUAGGAAGUGGUGCAUAUGGAGAAGUUUUAUUAUGUCGUGAAAAAAAUGGACAUAAUGAGAAAGCAAUAAAAGUGAUUAAAAAAUCUCAAUUUGAUAAAACAAGAUAUACAGAAUGUAGAAAUAAAAGUAAUGAAAAUGAUGAGAAUAUAAAUGAAGAUAUAUAUAAUGAAAUAUCUUUACUAAAAUCAUUAGAUCAUCCUAAUAUAAUUAAAUUAUUUGAUGUAUUUGAAGAUAAGAAAUAUUUCUACUUAGUAACGGAAUUUUAUGAAGGAGGAGAAUUAUUUGAACAAAUUAUAAAUAGACAUAAAUUUGAUGAAUGUGAUGCAGCAAAUAUAAUGAAACAAAUAUUAAGUGGUAUAUGUUACCUUCAUAAACAUAAUAUUGUACAUAGAGAUAUAAAACCUGAAAAUAUUUUACUAGAAAAUAAAAAUAGCUUAUUAAAUAUAAAAAUUGUUGAUUUUGGAUUGUCUUCUUUUUUUUCAAAAGAUUACAAAUUGAGAGAUAGAUUAGGUACAGCUUAUUACAUUGCUCCUGAAGUUUUGAAGAAAAAGUAUAAUGAAAAAUGUGAUGUCUGGUCAUGUGGUGUUAUUAUGUAUAUACUUUUAUGUGGAUAUCCACCAUUUGGUGGUCAAAAUGAUCAAGACAUAAUCAAAAAAGUGGAAAAAGGAAAAUACUAUUUCGAUUUUAACGAUUGGAAAAAUAUAAGUGAUGAAGCAAAGGAACUUAUAAAACUUAUGUUGACAUAUGAUUUCAACAAAAGAAUAACAGCAAAGGAAGCUUUAAACAGUAAAUGGAUCCUCAAAUAUGCUGAUAAUAUUAACAAAAAUGACCAAAAAACUUUAUUUGGAGCCUUGUCCAAUAUGCGAAAAUUUGAGGGAAGUCAAAAAUUGGCUCAAGCAGCAAUUCUUUUUAUUGGCAGCAAAUUGACAACUCUAGAGGAACGAAAGGAACUCACCGAUAUAUUUAAGAAACUUGACAAAAAUGGGGAUGGCCAACUUGACAAGAAGGAGCUAAUCGAGGGAUACAACAUCUUGAGAAGCUUUAAAAAUGAACUGGGUGAAUUGAAAAAUGUUGAAGAAGAAGUAGACAACAUCUUAAAGGAAGUGGAUUUCGACAAAAAUGGAUACAUUGAGUACUCAGAGUUCAUUUCCGUUUGCAUGGACAAGCAAAUUUUAUUCAGUGAGGAGAGGUUACGUGAUGCCUUUAAUUUAUUUGACACAGACAAGAGUGGGAAAAUAACGAAGGACGAAUUAGCCAACCUAUUUGGAUUAACAUCGAUAAGUGAAAAAAUGUGGAAUGACGUCCUUGAAGAGGCAGAUAAGAAUAAAGACAACAUGAUUGACUUUGAGGAAUUCGUGUCUAUGAUGCACAAAAUAUGUGACCACAAAACGCCCUAA